AUGGCCAAACAGCGUUUUGACCUCUAUAUUGAGAAUAGCAUGUCGGACGAGACAAGCUCUCUCGUUCUGAUGAGAUUUCCAGCAAUGCAAUCGCAGUUCGAAAAUCCAGAAGAUAUGAUCAAACUCAGUGUGAAACCCAAGAGUUUAAAAUUUAAACUAGAAACAUUACUAGACCAGGACACAAAUAACUACUGCCACGAGCAAGCCUCUGAGCUUUUACGAAAGUCCAAUCCGAAAUCCUUUGCUUCAGGGAAGGUGGACAGAAAUUUUUGGUCUUCGACUAAAGUUUCUGUUGAUGAUGGACAACUUUUUGUAUGUAAAAUUGUCGAUGAAAGAGUAGUUUGUCGUCCUAUAUCACACUUGUUCACAAUGCGCUCUGAUUUCAGUCAUUUUGACCUCAAAGACGAGGUUGAUCCUAAGGAAGAAGCAAGGCCCAUUUCAGUGAAAUUUGCUGCACCUGAUAGACCAAACGUUUUCCAAAAGAGCCAAUUAAACAAUCAAGAGACUGAUGACCCAUCAGACGAUUAUAGAGUUUUGAGUUACAAACCAGCCAAAAGUGAGGAAUCGUACGACCAGAGGAUAACGUUAUUUGGCAGAAAUAAGCUUAAAGUUGAGCCGGAUAUUGAUGCGGGAUUAGAGGACAAGAAGCCUGAUAUUGUUUUUCUGCCGGAUAUUAAACCCAAAAUUGAAAAAAUAGAUCAAGAUAUCUACUCAAGCGAGGUGGUGAACUCACAGCAAUCUCCCAGAAAAUCAGUUCAGAUCAGGGAGCGAGUCAAAGAUUGUUUGCUCAAAGCAAAAUUGGUGAGCUUUGAAGAAGUUUAUCAAUUUGUUAAAGGUUACAACCGAUAUGUUUCUGAUGAUGUUCAAGUGAGUAACAAAGAUCUAUUAGACAGCUUAAAUGAGCUAGCUAUUCUCGUACAAGGUAACUGGGCUGUGAAGAGUGAGGUAUUAUAUGGCGACUCUAGUGAGAGGAAUAGCACAAGUGUGACCGGUAUAUCCAUAAAUCUGUUCAUAGCUGCUCGUGACUAUUUAUUGUGGUUGUUCAAUCAAGAGAGGCUUGUAAGUAGACUAGAAUAUAGCAAACGAGUUAGGAUACCUGAUUAUGAUGUCAUUGAACUUUUCAAUCAAUUGUCAAUUUUCAAGAGGGAUCUUCUAAAAUGGGAGCUCAAACUCCCAACUGAUACUAGAUUCCUCAAACAAUUCCCAGAAGUAGUACAGAGACAAGCCAACUUCUGGAAAGUUCGGCGGAAUAAUGAAUUGAGUAUAUUCCAUUCUUGA